AACCAGACCAUAUCGACAGCAGCUACCCCAUACCUGCCUGCCUGCUGUAUCAGCACGCCUACAACGCUUGCCCAACCGAACGAGCUCAACAACCGAAUGAUUCUACGCCGCCAUGAAGCCGACCCAAAUGCGCACAAGCCGUACCCCCUCCUCCCUCGAAUCAAGCAGCAUGAAAGCCGAGCGUACAACCUCGCCGACUCACGGCGUAGCAGCAGGCACUGGAACCGAGCAUGACACAUCGAAGCCGGACCGCGCUGCACAGAUGAUCGACGCGCUCCACCUCCUGGAGCCCUUGGGUCUUGCGGUCGAUCUUACAGUGGACAAACAUCCUGCUGGGGUCUUUAGCCGUCAGGUGGAGGAGCAGUUUCGGGAGAGCUUGAGGCUGGUAAGCAAGUGCUUACGGAAGAUGAUGCACGAGAAGGACGAAGCUGCUCAGAGGAGUUGGGAGCACAGCCUAGGAAAGGAAGAAGAUAUCGAAGAUGCAAAACCAGAAUCAUUUGGGAAGGGAUACGUUGAGCGCUGAAAGAAGAGGUAGAGGAGAGGUGCCGAAGGAACAUGAGGACUAUCAAACCGCGCCUGUGCCUCGUGUUUGGACGUUUGGGACUCUGCAAAUCUACGACAUUCAAGCAUCGCGAUACGGGUAGUACAACUUUUGUUGAAAGCAUGUAGCAUCAGAGCAGCAGCCGCAGGUAACAUCCGUUUGCUUGCUUGCUUGUCUUUGGACUGAUUGUCUUCCUUCCCCAACAUCUCAAUGAG